AUGGAGGGUACCGCAAACUUAAUGGUGUAUCGCGACGGUGAGAUAAUACGUAAUACUCAUGAGGGAGUGAGGUUUGUGUGCCAGAAUCCGUUUUCGUUUGUGGUUCCAUGCACCAUGACGUUAAUGGAGCUUCAGAAUGGUCUCUGUCAAAGCAUGGAGAACAACGAAGUGAGUAUGCAGAAUAUGUUUCAAAUUCACCGGCAGACUCAGAUGCGACAGCCACAGAUUGAUCUGUAUGUUGAGUUUGAAACCGUAGAGGUAGAAGGGACUCAAAAUGAUUUAGAGGUGGGGGAUGAUAGAGCUGCAGUGUACGAGGGAAUGAAUAGUGACAGUGAAGAGGACUUCAAAGCCACUUAUGAAGCCGACGAUGAAGAUGAGGAUGGUGAUGUGGGAGUUGAGAUAGCAGCGGAGAAUGUAGUGGUUCAUCCUUCGAUCAGUCAACCGAUGAACGUGCCACCUUUUAUGCGCGUUGCUAAUCCUGAGGACGGAGAGUUCCGGAUUGAAAUGGAAUAUAGUUCUAGAAAGACGGUCGUGGCAGCAAUUAGAAGUUACACUAUCGCUAGAGGAGUUGACUACGACGUGUAUGAGUCUGAGCCACAGACGUUCUAUGCAAAAUGCAAAAUGUAUGGGUGUGGGUGCGACUGGCUUAUCCGAGCCAGCUUGAUAAGGAAAAAAGGUUGUUGGGAGAUACGCAGAUACAACGGUAGGCACACGUGCUCAAUGGGAGUGAUUUCACAGGAUCAUUCGAAGUUGGACUCGAAUACAGUUGCUGAGGCUAUAAGGCCGUUGGUCGAGACUGACCCGUCCAUCAAGGUGAAAUCUAUAAUAGCCGAAAUUCAGUCAAGGUUCAACUAUACCAUCAGUUACCGAAAGGCUUGGUUGGCAAAACAGAAGUCCAUAGCGAAGGUUUUCGGUGAUUGGGAGGAGAGUUACCAAGCCUUGCCAUGGUGGCUCUUGGUUAUGGUUCAGAAGAUGCCUGGGUCAGUUGUCCAAAUAGAAACACGGCCACUGUACAACGGGAAUGAGGAGGCGCAAGGGGUAAAAAUACUUCAUCGCGUAUUCUGGAGUUUCAAUCCAUGCAUUCGGGCAUUUAGGCAUUGUAAGCCCCUAGUUCAAGUUGAUGGCACACACCUAUAUGGCAAGUACAAAGGUACACUUCUGAUCGCUGUUGCACAAGACGGGAACCAGAAUAUUGUGCCUAUCGCUUUUGCCUUGGUGGAAGGGGAGACAGCCGACGCGUGGCACUUCUUUCUCAGGAAUCUGCGAAUGCAUAUUGUCAGAAAAGACGGUGUGGGAAUGAUCUCAGACCGGCAUGAGUCAAUUCGGGCAGCAGUAAAUCGUUCCGGAGGUGACUGGCAACCUCCAAGAGCAUGGUGGAUGUUUUGUAUAAGGCACAUCGGCAGCAACUUCCUACGAGCAUUCAAAGUCCCUCACUUGCAAAAGCUUGUGGUCAACAUCGGGUAUUCAAGAACGGUGGAGGAGUAUAACAUCAACUAUAAGAGGCUGGAAGAGUGAGGCGAGGCAUAUGCCAGGUGGUGCGACGACAUCGGACUUAGACAUUGGGUAUUGGCGUUCGACGAGGGACAUCGAUGGGGCCAUAUGACGACGAACCUUGUCAAGUGCAUUAACUCAGUGUUGAAGGGUGCCCGUAAUCUACCUGUGUUGGCACUAGUCCGAGCAACAUAUU